UUUACACAUCUAUGGAGGAGACAAAACUGUCAUGGCCUCAACGUGACAGUCUGUUUGCAGUCGUUUUCCAGCUCUUGAAUUAAUGUUAAUCGUGUAAAUUUGGUGACUAUGAUAUAAAUAUUGUGUUUUUAUCAAUAACGUUAAGUUACGUCUGAUCCACGCGCUUGUUUAGCGGUUAUUGGGGCCGGAAGUUAACGAUAACCUUGGCGUGCAUGAGUGUAGUUUUUGUAACUGGUGCCCGUUAACGGUAACUCUACCAAAAAUAUAAAACAUGUCGGGUGUCUGUCGCAGUUUGAGCUCUUUAUCAGGCACGAUCCUGACAGCUGCCACACGUUUGCCACCCUGCCCGUGGUUUGUGCCAGCACGCAGCAAAUUUCGCAAAGCAAGAAUCCCAAACGAGCUUUUUGUGGAGAGAUCAAAAGAACAUGAGAAAUACGGGGGAGAUCCCGAACAGCCUCACAAACUGCACAUAGUGACACGAGUGAAAAGUACAAUGAGAAGACCGUACUGGGAGAAGGAGAUAGUGAAACACUUUGGGCUUGAAAAGUCACACGUACCUGUAAUCCACAAAAACACACCUGCAGUUAACAGCCAGCUGAAAUUCAUCAAGCACCUUAUAAGAGUUCAGCCACUGAAGAUGCCCUAUGGAGUCCCUGCUGAAGAGGACAUGGCUGACACCUACAUCAACAGCAAAGGAGAGCUGAUUGUCCGUCGCCUGCUCAAACCUGUAGACCCCAAAGCUAUUGAAUCCUAGCUGCGCUUUCAAUCAUGUUCAGUUGUCCAUAGCUUCCUGUUCUGACUCCACCACACUGAGAAAAUGUCGUGGCUCUCGCUGGACUUAAACCUGAUGCGAAGUGUUCUGACUUACGGGACUUUAGACUCCAAGUGAAUGUGAGAAAUGUUGUCAUCAAACUCUAUUACAAGUCCCUCAGCAAACCAGGAGCCUCUUUCAUGAAGCAGGAAUACUAAGAAUUACCAACUUAUCUCAGUAACUUUCCUGAGUGAAAAACACAUUGUUUUCCAGGUCUGAAUAGGUUCUGGGGUUACUCUGAAAAGUUAUCCAGGCAUGUUGGUUUGUUUCAUCUCCUUAUCAAUAAAUGGCAACGUAUCAGUCACACAUACAGCUGUUACGAUUGAAAACAUUACAUUACAUUCUCUGUCUAACACAACUUGUAAAAACUCAGUAAAUUAAAGACCUUUUGAAAUUGAA